AUGGAGAAUGAAGAUGGCUAUAUGAUGCUGAAAUUCAAGAAUCGCUUUGAAUCAAGGAAAAAGUCUAAAGAUUUCAUCCUGUAUUUACAGUGUUACUGUCUCAUGUUAGUACUUGGAUGCAUUGGCAUCCUUAUUUUCAUUAUGUCAGUAAUUGGCCUGAACUUUUGGGAUAGAGAAAUGGAUUUCCUUCAGAAAGCAAAUAUCACCAGCCUAGCAGGAAAUCAUUAUGUGUGCCCAAGUGACUGGCUACUGAAUCAACGAAAAUGUUACAGGUUUUCAACUGUUUCUAAAACUUGGAAUGAAAGUCAACGUGAUUGUUUAAAGCUACAGGCACAUUUACCUGUGAUUCAAAAUUCAAAAGAGCUGGAGUUCAUACAGAAGAGUUUGAAAUCUGGACAACCUAGUUGGCUUGGACUAUAUAUUACAUCGCCAGGAAAACAAUGGAUAUGGAUAAAUGAACAACUUUUUGUGGAACAAGAAAUUUUCUCGGUGAUUGGACCCAUUGAUAACAUGAGCUGUGCUGUCAUAACAAGAAAUCAGGUGUAUUCUGAAGACUGUGACUCCAAAUUUAAUGGCAUUUGCCAGAGAGAUGCUGUCUGA